UAUCUCACAAAAAUAACAUGGAGGUGUAGCUGUGAUGACUUGAUGAGAAACGUUUACAAAGAAAUCAAGUUUUGUCGUUGUUUACGUGUCUUUUGAUAUUAUAAUAAACGUCCACCACAUUCGUAGUGCGGUUCAUAACUCAGUUUAUGGAAUUUCAGCAUAAUCGCUAUAAAAGAAAGUAUAUUUGUGUCGUAACUUUCAUUUGAUAUGAAUAACGGGGAGGUCGGAGGAUCCAGAGGUAGAGGACGCGGCUGGAAACAUCCUGAAAAUAACCAGCCGCGCGAGCUGCGGCGACCCAAAAAUGUCACCGAUGAAGUUAAAGUUGAGCCAGUUAAGUCCAAUCUAUCAGCGGAAGCCAAGGAAUGGUAUCCCCCAAACUAUGUCCCACCACAACAAGGAGUUACCUACUCAUCAGAUUCAACACAAUACAGAGUGCCUCGCUUCUCCGUACAAGAUAGAAUUCUGAAGGCCCAAGACCAAAAUUCAUUUAAUUUCGAUGAGAUGAAUUAUUCCAUUGAUGAAAUGUCUAAUUCUUAUCUAAGGGAAAAUAUUGGCAACCUUAUUAAUGUAAUGUGUGAAAUAACAUUAGAUCCUGGGAAAUUUGAUCAACUGUGUGGUCAAAUUGUGGAUGCCUUUGCUUCAACCCUCAAUGACGUUAGCUACACUAAGCCUCUGGUUGAGGCUAUUGUCAACCAGUCUAUAGCUGAAUCUAAUUUCCGCUAUAAUGGAGCUCGUCUCUGUUCCAUUUACGACUCACUUGACAUAGCAGAAGAAUCUACUUUCCGUGCAUGCCUACUCGAGAGAUGUUCAGCGGAGGAGCACAAAAUAAUAUCUGGUAUUGAGACUUCUGAAGAGAACAUGCGAGGGUUUGCCAUGUUCCUGGCAGAAAUUUACACACAGCUUGAAGAUAAUCAGGGUGGAAGAAUAAAAUCUUUGGGGGAGAGCCUUUGUAAAGUAUUAUCUCAUCUUUUGGAUACAAACAAGGAAGUUAACAUUAAAUCUGUUUGUCAACUACUUAAAUUGUCGGGUCUAGCGUUGGACGCGGACUGCCCGCUGGCGAUGCAGGCGGCGUUCGAGCGGCUCAAGCGGUGCGAGAUGCCGUGCGUGCGCGGCGUGCUGGCGCUCCGGGCCGCGCGGUGGGGGCUCACUGACUCCGCGCCCCGCGUGUCGCCCCAUCACAAUCAUCACGGAAUGUCAUCUAACGGAGAGUCAGAGAGUGUAUACCUGGAAGAUGGACAAGUGCUUACUGCGGAGGAGGCUGCCUUCCUUGAUACCAACCUUAAGGAUAAACCUUAUUACAAAGAGGAAGUUGCUGAAAUAGAUGACGAAUGGGAGAUGGAUGAUGAAAUGCAAGAUGGCUUCUAUGAAUUCCUUCUGAUGUCUAACCAGAUCAAACGAUAACCAACGAAUGAUACGUAGUAAACCAAAUAGCUAAAGCUGGUCACUUGAGUUUACAUAUACAAUGGCAUGAGAAAAUUACAAAAAAAAUAUAAAAUGUUAAUAAAAUUUAAAAAGAUUAUAACAUGACAUGUGUCGGUGUUUAAAGUGCUUGUGUGAGUACAUGGAGGUCACUAGAUAAGUUAGAGGAAUAUAUCCAUAUCUUCGCUCUAAGAAUAGUGAAGUGGAAUGACUUAAACAACAGAAUGGGCCACGACAGCAUCUAUAGUAUCAAGUCUGUGCUCGUGAGGGAUAAUUAUUAUUUUUAAACAAAUUUGGAAAGUACACAGUCUUUUUUUCUGAGAAUACGCUACAGAUAUUAUUAGCCCCAAUUUCACCAACGUCUGUUAGUGUUAACAGCUUGUUAA